UUGGCAUGCAAUGAUUAAAUAAAGUCGGGCGUGGCGGUUUUGACUGGUUGGUAGUCGGUGCCGCGUGAAGCAUAUUCGGGUCCAGUUUUAGUUUUCGGGGAACUAAUCAGCACCAGUCGCGCACCAUGCCGCCUAAAACCCAGCAAAAGACCAAGGAACAGAAGAUGGCCGCCGCCAUGGCUGGUGGCCGCGGCAAGGGCAAGAAAAAAUGGUCCAAGGGCAAGGUCCGUGAAAAGACCGCCAACAAGGUCUUGUUUGACCAAGAAACGUACGACCGCAUGUUGAAGGAAGUGCCCAAAAUGAAGUUGAUCACUGCCUCGGCCGUCGUCGAACGCCUUAAGGUCAACGCUACGCUGGCCCGUGCUGCCAUCCGGGAAUUGGAAGUCAAGGGUGACAUCAAGGUCGUGACCAAGCAUCGCUGCCAAUUGAUCUACACCCGCUCCGUCGGUACCGACUAAGUUAUCACACCCAAGUCGAUUGCUGCUGCUGCGACGCAGAUAGUGUACUACCAAAUGACUCGACCACCUCGUCAACAUGUAUUGAUUGUACCAUUUGAUGCGGGGGUCCGUCCCAUCGGCGUGCAAGGAAGCGUUGGAGGAUGGCUGAUGCUAAGAGGAACAACCAAUUCACUAAUUUCCCCA